AGAAAACCUGUUGGUUGUCACUCCCCUAACCUAGAUCCCGUCAUUCUGUGUAUGCGACCCUUGAGAGCUGAUAGACCCUAUGGUCUCCAACUGAGGAGAGACUCGAUCGCGAACGUCGAUGAGAUUGAGAGACAUAAUUAGUCAACCAACUCUGUAUUCGUCGGUGAUUUUCUUGAAGAGCUCUACGAUUCAUAAUGAUCAGCAAUGAUGGAUAUAUGGCUUGUCUAAAUUAGAGUCAUUAUGGAUAGCGCAUCUAGUCAAGCGUUCAAUUUAGUUGAAAGUGAAAGCUGUUUGCCAGAUGAGAGCUACGAUGAGCGUGAUUUCAUUGAUGACGAGCUCUCAGAAAGUAUGGAUCUGUGUAUUGGUGAAGAUGAAAAGAUAAUGGAUCAAUCUAAUGGAAAUUCACCUUCAAUCGGUGAUGAUGUAGAACCACACAUUGGCAUGGAAUUCAACUCAAGAGAUGAUGCUCGGGAGCAUUAUGUUGCUUAUGGAAGGCGCACAGGAUUUACCGUACGCAUUCAUCAUAAUCGCCGCUCUCGAAUCAAUAAUAUGGUUAUUGGUCAAGAUUUUGUUUGUUCAAAAGAAGGUUUUCGCGAAAAGAAAUAUGUAUGCAGGAAGGAUAGAGUUCUGCCUCCACCACCUAUCAGCCGUGAAGGCUGUCCUGCAAUGCUGAGGGUAGCUCUGAGGGAUGGAGUUAAGUGGGUUGUUACCAAAUUUGUAAAAGAUCACAAUCACAGUUUAAUGUCUCCUAGUAAAGUUCCAUGGCGAGGAUCUGGAAAAAAUUUGAUCAGCGAGGAUGAGAAGGAUCAAAGAAUCCGAGAGCUGACACUUGAACUUAAUAAUGAGAGACAACGAUGCAAACGUCGGUGCACGGCUUACCAAGAACAGUUGCGCACAGUAUUGAAAUAUGUUGAGGAACACACCAAUCACUUGUCAAAAAGUGUUCAAGACAUAGUUCAGAGAAUAAAAGAGCUUGAAAAUGAACUUUCAGAUUAGGGUUGUGUUAAAAUUUUCUUAUAAAUUUUGUUUCUUUGGGUUUUUGUUUAAUGCAAACUUUAGGACAGUAAGGUAUGUUUUUUGAAUCCCCUAUAUAGCCUAGAAAUCAUUUGUACAGGUGAUUGUCUUUCGUUUCCUUUGGGCAUGUGAAUUUGUUAAUGGUGUUUGCUAGUAAGAUUGAUUUGAUUU